AUGAUGGUGAAGGAUUAUAAGGAAGGGGAUAUAAUGAUAUUUGUGUUUUAUAAUGAUCCUUUUGAUGGUGAUUAUGUUGUCAUGACUAUAUAUUUUGAAUUGAGUAGAAGAAUGGGAUACUUCACUAUUCAAACAUACAUUCCCUGUAUACUGACUGUGGUUUUAUCCUGGGUGUCAUUUUGGAUCAAAAAAGAUGCUACACCAGCAAGAACAGCAUUAGGCAUCACCACAGUGCUGACCAUGACCACGCUUAGCACCAUUGCCAGGAAUUCCUUGCCCCGUGUGUCCUAUGUGACAGCCAUGGACCUCUUUGUGACUGUUUGCUUCUUAUUUGUCUUUGCUGCUCUGAUGGAGUAUGCCACCCUCAACUACUAUUCAAGUUGUAGAAAACCAACUACCACUAAGAAGAAAACAUCGUUAUUGCAUCCAGAUUCCUCAAGGUGGAUUCAUGAGCGAAUAAGCCUACAAGCCCCCUCCAACUAUUCUCUCCUUGACGUGAGGCCACCACCACCUGCAAUGAUCACUUUAAACAAUUCUGUGUACUGGCAGGAAUUUGAAGAUACCUGCGUCUAUGAGUGUCUGGAUGGCAAAGACUGUCAGAGCUUCUUCUGCUGCUAUGAAGAAUGCAAAUCCGGAUCUUGGAAAAAAGGGCGUAUUCACAUAGACAUCUUGGAGCUGGACUCAUAUUCUCGGGUCUUUUUCCCUACAUCAUUCCUGCUCUUCAACUUGGUCUAUUGGGUUGGAUACCUGUAUCUCUAAAUAUUUCUGUGGUGAUGAGUAAAGAGCACUAGAUUUCACUCUUUACUUUCACUGUCCCCAGACCAGUAGUGACCAACUGGAGUAGGAAGGAAAAACACUGCUCAGUUUAUCUGAAGUUAUACAUUACCUUUGAGCAGCACCGGAGUACCUGGCAACCAUUUCUAUUAUGCAUUUCACACUCACACACAUGCGUGCGCACACACACAUUAAUUGAAUUUUAAAGUGAUAUUCUUGCUAAUCCCUUAUUGAAUCUGUAAGUUGGUGAUGUUUACGAAUGGUUUUUGGAUAUUGGAACAGUUGCCAAUUGUCGUUGCAAGGAAAUCUGUAAAACAUGUAAGCAAAUAUCCGAGAAGCUCUCUUAUGCCAAGACCCCUUCUAUAUCUUUCCUUAGCAACUCUUAGGAGCACCAGUGCCCACAUGUGUGGAGUCACUGCUUGCUGGGACACACUCAUGUUGACCUCAUCCCCGUGUUCCUGGACAGUCUUAGUUCAAGUAUGAACUGCAGUGAGUUUUGACCUGGUUUCCUCUCUUUGUGACCCCUUUUACUCUGGAACUAUCAUUGUUACCUAGAAUUUCUUUAUUUAAUAAUCUCACCCUAGGUUUAGGAAGGGUGUAUAUGCAUUAUCCACAAGUUUCCAGUUGAGAAAAAAAUAUGAUUUGAAAAAUUCUCAUGUUGCUGAAUUCAAUGAUGUUGAUUAUCUCUGAACAUCAGAAGGUUAUUACUCUAUUCCAAACUACUAAAAAUAAGCAGUAUUUUAACUUUGCAUUCUUGGAUUAGUUCAGUUGGAGUUCAACAUUUUACCUUAAGAGUUGUGUUUUGUUAGACCAAAACACAACCCCAGAGUAUGUAUCUUUUGUACAUUAUGCUAUUACAGGUUCAAUGAUUAUCUUCAUCUUGCAAAGACAAGUAUACAGCACUCAUAAGCCCUUGUCGUGAAAAUGUUUUCCAAAGUGUGAAAGAAAUAUAGAUGGAAUUUAAAAUUUUCAUAGUUAUAAUUAACUUUCAAGUCAAAUCAACUUUAGAUGCAAAAAAAGGGCAAUGGCUAUCAUCAAUGAUAUAUUUUGAUGAACAAAAUUAUUUUAUACUUUGAGAUAUGAAUAUGUAGCAAAAUCCCAAAGAAACAAUCCCCUGGAAUUAUUACUCUUUUGAUAUUUUUAUAACACAAAACUAACUUGGUUCUUGAUGUUAGUUCUUUGUUAUAACUGGAUACCAGUAUGUAACUUCACAAGACUCUUCAGAAGCCUCCCACCAUUGAUAGGAAAAACAGUCCCACCAGUUCAUUAAUAAUGCUUUGGCAUUAUUAAAAUUUUGGUACUAAAAUUUUUCUACCAGUAUCUCUGUACUUCUCAUCUUUCUCACCCAUAAAAUUGAAUUAAUUUUAUUGGAAACCAUAAAAAUUUAUUUUAAUUAUCUAUUGUAAGUACAAUUAUUACUCAGAAAAAAGGUAAAAUAAUGCACAGAGAGAAUAUAUAAAAGUGCUAAUUUCACAUAAUUUACUGGAUUAAGACCAGACAUAAGGGGAUGGGAGUGGAAGAGGCUAGAAAAGUAAAAUAUAAAUCUGUUUAUAUUUAUGAAACAUCAUUCAUAUCAAGUGAAUGCAAAUAUAUUGGUAUGAUCACCCAGCUUUCAAGGACUGAAUCUAUAUAGUGUGAGACACCCAAGUCCUCAGCUUUUCUUCCUGUCAUCUCCCUGACUUUGAUUUAAUAGUGGCUACAUAGGCCACAAGCCAAUUGGGUUCUAUUUAGCAAAUUCAAUUUAAAACAUAAAAUAAUAUUUGUGGAGAAACAAGUUGAACCUAUUGGCUUAUAUGAAAUUUCUACUCUAUUGAAGAAUUUCACAUACUAGCAUCCUUGUUCUGUCUCUCAUGCAUAAACUACUCCCCCACACUUGGCAGUGGUGUCCUGGAGGCACCCUGACCAAAGGAAUCCACCAUAUCCCACCAAAGCACUGAGUACCCAUGGAAGGUGGUCCAAAGUCAGUCCUUUUCAAGCAUAAUUUUCAUCUUUAUGAAUUUAUAAUAUCUAACAAUAUGAAGAAUUUCAACCUGUUAUGUCUUAAAAGUAGUUAUGGAGGGAGAUGAAUUUUCUAGUGAAAUUCUUCUUGGAAGAGACAUAACCUAAGAACACUUUUAUAAGAUAAAUUUGCUCUACUUUUACCUUAAAAAUUAUAUUGAUGCCUCUUAUUUCAAAGCUACUCAAUAUUUGGGUGUUGUUGGCAACUCAUAAAAUUAUAUGUGUAGGAUAUACUUACCAAUAACCUAUUUGCUGAAUCCAACCAUUCUCUUCCCCCUGAUCUCAGCCAUCCUGCUGAUUUAAACACUAGUUCAUGGUUCAUUUCUCCAUAAAGGAAAACUUUUAUCUCAAGAGAGUCUGAUAGAUGUUCACUCACAAAGUAUAAAAUAGACUCCCUCCCAUACAGCAAUCUACCCACAAUGGGUUCUGACUAAAAAGAACUCAAACAUCCCCUCAGAACACACCAAUGUCAGUUUCUCUGCAGGCUUGUCUGUUCAAGUUCUCUUAUAAGUCUCAACUUCUGAGAUAAGCCUUCAGUCCACAAUACAAGAGAUGGUAUGUACCUCAUGCAGGUACAGAGCUCAGGGGCUUGCUUAUUAACUAUGUAAGAGUUGACCUUUUGGAGGAGGGAAGAGGAGAAGCACAGGAAGAAUGUGAAGGAAAUGUAUCUCUCUUAAAUUGAGGGACUCUCCUUCACCAGUAUGCUUGGUUAGUAGUGUAUGUGUGAGGUGCAUGGGUGUAAGGCUGUUCCACCCAGACCCAGCAUCUGUAGAGCUCUGGCCAGCUUGCUUUGCAUUUAGACUUGAGAAAUAUGUUUUGUGUUUUCAUGGCAGCUGGUGGGGAAACUGUGUAAGUGGCUGGUAUUCUAAAGGUGCUACUGUAUUCCUCACUUUCAGAAAUACUGUAAAUUGCAGAGAUGAGAGUUAUGUAUUUUGAAAAGGAUUUCUAAUUUCUUACCACUGUGGAUCAUACUUACAACUGUGACUGUCUCUCCUUUAAGCUUCAUCCAGGCUGAGAGGGAGACAAAAGAAAAGGCAUUCCACAUCAAUGAAAUUAGAGAAAAAAUUCCUCUUCAGAGCCUAGAAAGUUUCUGUUUCUACAAGGUCUCAACACCAGUGACCAGAGGAGAGAUUCUCAGGUACUGGGCAGAGAAGGAAAAUGUUACUAUAAGUUACUUUUGACCCAGCCAAUACUGCCCCCUUUUUACCCAACAUAUGCCUUAAAAUAACACAUAAAGCUUAUAUCAUACACAUCUCAUAGAUUUUCCAUUUUCUGUAAUCACAUAUA